AUGGCUGAAAUAACAAAACAAAUUAGUUCGAUAAAAUUGGCACCACUCAAAGAAAUCAAAGACCUGAAUGCCAGUGGAGAUGAACCAGUUCGAUUUAGAGGGUUUUUAGACAGUUCCAGUGGAAUGAAGACCACUACAUUCAUGGUAGUCAGAGAUUGCCUGGAAACAGUCCAAUGCAUUCACACUCUUCCAAGUGACGCAACAGAGGAAGUUGCUGCCCUUUUCAAGGAGCAUAAGAAGAUGAGUAUUGAGACGUAUUUGGAAGUGACUGGGAAAAUAAAGAGAGUCAGCAGCGCAAUAAAAAAGUGCACCAAAAAAGACUUCGAAAUUGAAGUGACUAGAAUUGAGGUGCUUGGAAAAGUGUACGGAAAACUGCCAUUUUUGAAGAAGGACGUGACAGACAUGAGCAGUUCCACUGUAGGAUACAAUGUCAGACUGGAUAACAGAACACUUGAUUUCAGAAUGCCAGCAACCCAUGCAAUGGUGCGUGUGAUAGACCAGACGAUGUUCUCAUUCAGACGCAUUCUAAGGGAAAGAGACUUCAUUGAAAUCAAAACAUCCAAAAUCAUCCAAUCUGGCUCAGAAGGAGGAGCCAACAUGUUUUCAGUCGACUACUUUGAUAAGAAGGCGUAUCUGGCCCAGUCUCCACAACUGUAUAAACAGCUAUGUGUUCUAGGCGGAAUGAAGCGUGUUUAUGAAGUAGGUCACGUCUACAGGGCUGAAGUAUCCAACAUCAACAGGUAUCUGAGUGAGUUCACUGGCCUAGACAUUGAGAUGGAACUGGAAACUGACUUCAUUGGUUUCAUCAAGUUUGUUCACUCUGUUUUCGUAGGGAUAUUUGAGUCAUUGAAGAGUGAUACUGCUGCUGAAUUAGAAAUCAUCAGAAAGUAUUCACCAUUUGAUGACGUAGCCUACAAGAAUGAGCCAGUGGUGCUAACUCAUUCUGAGUGUGUGAAGAUGCUUAGAGAGGCAGGAGAGGAAGUUGGAGAGAAAGACGAUUUCAGUAGAAAACAGGAGAAGACUCUUGGUGGACUGGUGAAACAGAAACACGGUGUAGACCUGUUUGUCUGUGUUGGCUAUCCAGUGGAAGUGAGGGCAUUCUACACCUACGCUGAGGAAGAUGGAACCACGAGAUCGUACGACUUCAUUCUGAAUGGAGAGGAGGUGCUAAGUGGAGCACAGAGACAAACUGACUACGAGAAGUUGAAGGUGGCAAUUCAGAAGAAGGGAAUCAGCCUCUCUUCCCUUGACAGCUAUCUUGAGCCAUUCAAAUACGGUGCACCACCACACAUUGGCUGUGGAAUUGGACUAGAACGCCUUCUAAAGGCAUUCUUCUCACAAUGUGACAUCCGCCACUUUUCCCUCUUUCCAAGGGAUCCAAACCGCCUUACUCCAUAA